UUUGGAGAGCACGGAAAGUGAAACUGGAAGUGAACGUGCCACACCGACGUUUGAGGAAAUGUUAGCGCAAGAGAUGCAAGAGCCUGUCGCAUGUAGCGAGGCACAGCCACAGCCCCUGCGUCAAGAGCGGCCUCCCACUAAAAGGAGGAAAGUUACGCCAGACGUGGCAACUAACGUCAUGGAGGAGGCCAGCAGGACACUUCAGGCUAUGGCUGAUGCUGCCAGAACCAUGCCUGUCCAUGAUGACCGCUAUAGUACCCUUGGCGCCCACAUCGCAGCAGAACUGCGUGAAAUGGAAAGGGUGGGCGGCAGGGAAUACACCACUGCCACUAUGCACAGUCUGCAGCGGACAUUAAUGGACAGGUGGGAUUUGCUGCAUGCGACAGCCCGUGCACAACCGUCCACCUCUGGAUAUAUCCAGGUUGCCUUGCAGCAGGCUGGAAUACAGGAUGAAGAUUCCAUUCCAUAAAUAUAUAUGUGUCUAUAAAUUUUGUAUCUCUCCAAUCUUCUUAAUCUAUUUUUAUAAUCAGGGUGCCUCACAUUGUAAAGUGUCUCAUCCGCUUCAUACAUCUCAA